UGAGGUUAUGUUAUUGUUGAGUCGUUCACGUUUUCUCUUUAGAUAUACACUUUAUGAACUGAAAUUGUAUUUAUUAUGAAUGAUCUAAACUUGAGAGUUAGCGGAGGGAUAGGCGAAAAGGUCAAAAAACCCGCUGCGCCGUUAUGUAUUCCUUAUUGGAACACUGGUGUUCCUAGCGAAUUUUUCAAUGACUUUUUAAAUUGCAACAGUGCCGAUAACCAGCUGAAGUUACUAAAGCAAUAUCUAAACAGCCAUGGAGAUGAGGUUGACCAGGAAACAGUCAAAUUUCUUGUUUUGCUUUUCUGGCAUGCAGAUGCAAAACAUCCUGUUAAGGGGUUUUUAAAAAAGCAUAUAACUGGCUCCACAACACUCCGCCAACCAUUCACUGAAACCUUAACCUCAGUGAUUAUCUCAGAGACAGACAACUUAACUAUCCUCCCAUAUGGGGGUUACAUAGAUACCAUAACUCGGCUGGAUGCCGCUAUAGAUAAAUUUCCACCCGGUGCUGAGGCUGUGAGUCAAUUAGAGAUUGCUGUUACUGCUUACUAUGUAAGGUGUUUGGAGACCUGUGUUGAAACACUUGAGUUGCAGAAUAAUGCUGCAGGAGAAAAUGUUGGCACCAAAGUAAAAUCGGAGCCUCUCGCUCCUACAGAAAUAAACAAAAUAUAUGACCUAGUCCACCUAACUCUAAGACUUCUCCUGUACAUGAUACAGAAAGUGACAGAUGGGAACAGAAGCAAUUUGAGCUCUAUGUUUGAAAGGAUAAGGUCCAUUAUUUUUGCACUGAUGUUGGGCAAAGAAGUGCCCAUGGAUACGAAGUCUGUGAGUGGGAUAAUAUAUUUGACAUUGCAUUUAUUUGUGAAAGGACCUGGCUCUUGGAUUACGGUAUUAGAGGAAGACCGAAGUACUGAAAGUGGUACAGUCAACCUGUCAAUAUACUCCGCUGUUGCAACGGUGGUGCCUCCUGCUGACUUGGUGGACACAAUGCUCAACAAUCAAUCUUCCGUCCUAGAUCUAACUGAAAAGAUUCUAGCCAUAGGAGACAGGUACUCAUCAGACCCCAGCCACACCCUGGCCGUAGCGCGCACCCUCCUCUCAAUCAGCCGGGGUCUGGGCGCGGGCGCGGCGCUGGCGGCGCUGCUGGCGCGCUGGUGCUGGUCGCACGCGGAGCACCACAUGGACAGCGUGCGCCAUCUAGCGGCGCAGCUCACGGCGCGAGUGGUGGCCGCUGCUGUACAGUUGCAGAAGGAAGUCUGGUCGCUGGUGCUGGGCGCACGCGGAGCACCACAUGGACAGCGUGCGGCAUCUAGCGGCGCAGCUCACGGCGCGAGUGGUGGCCGCUGCUGUACAGUUGCAGAAGGAAGGUGUCUGGCUCAGUCUGGUCGCUGGUGCUGGGCGCACGCGGAGCACCACAUGGACAGCGUGCGGCAUCUAGCGGCGCAGCUCACGGCGCGAGUGGUGGCCGCUGCUUCUGGUCGCUGGUGCUGGGCGCACGCGGAGCACCACAUGGACAGCGUGCGGCAUCUAGCGGCGCAGCUCACGGCGCGAGUGGUGGCCGCUGCUUCUGGUCGCUGGUGCUGGGCGCACGCGGAGCACCACAUGGACAGCGUGCGGCAUCUAGCGGCGCAGCUCACGGCGCGAGUGGUGGCCGCUGCUUCUGGUCGCUGGUGCUGGUCGCACGUAGAGCACCACAUGGACAGCGUGCGCCAUCUAGCGGCGCAGCUCACGGCGCGAGUGGUGGCCGCUGCUGUACAGUUGCAGAAGGAAGGCGAUCCUUCAACCCUAGAACACCUCUUCGCAUCGCUGUCUACAGUGGACAGUUCCCGUAAAACCUUCUACGUGGUUCUAACGGCGCUGGCGGAGGCCCUGGGGGCUGCGGUGCUGGCCCGGCGGCCGGGCGUCAUCCGUGACGUCAUACACGCGCUGCGCACUCAGGCGGUGCAGGCUUGCGCCACAACAUUCCUAGAAACGCUCCUAAAGAGGCACAUGCAGCAAUCGGACCCGGAGACCAUCUACCAGCAUUGGAUCAGCGUGAUCCUGGAGGCGGUCAAGUGCGAGUCGGACCCGGCGGUGCUCGGCAUACUGGAGAAGAUCCUGACUAAGGCGGUGCUGUGGGAUAGCGGUGUGCUGCGAUAUAUUUUGCCCGAGCAGCGCGCACUAAGCUCAUACCAGGGGAGCGAUCUAAAAUGCAUCUUAUUAGUACUGGGCGUGGUUCGAAAAUCCGGUGUCGCGUACAAGGGAGUUACGUUCGACGAUCUCAGGCACUGCGCCUAUGAUGCCGAUGACGAGACCCGUGUCCUGAGUCUCUCGCUAGUGUCGGAGUCGCCCCGCUCUACACAACCUCUGACGGAGGACGAACUUACCUCCGUACUGCAUUUCCUGCACUACAACAUCAACGCACAGUCCCCGAGCUUCAGGCAACUGGUGCUGGCUAAUAUGAAGAAGAUAUUAAAACGUCUCGAAGACAGCUACAAAGUGCUAAAGCGAAAACCGAAAGAAAACUCAAAAGAAAUAGCCUACUACGUUAAGUUUAUAUCGGAACUCCGAGCUUCAAGCUUCGAAAGUCUAUCGGUAGGUGGCGCUAGCUACGGACGGCGUUAUAUCGCGCUCCAGCUACUUAGCUGGCUGGGACAUCUACAACUUGCAGAAGAUAGGACAUGGACGGAGAAGCGGGCUGAAAUAUUGUAUAAUCUUCUAGAAGAUACCUAUCAGAACAACAAAGUACUUGCCCUAGAGGUGCUCAAGAACUGCCCAGCGGAGUUGAUAAAGCCAAUACAGUCACCAGACUACGUCGCGGACGCGAUAGUGCAAGCUUCAUCGGUGCGGCCGACGGACUGUGUGGCCGCCUCUUACAAACUGCUGCUACUGCUGUCUCUGCCAGCAGAGUUUCAACCUUAUUAUAAAGAACAUGAGGUGCCCUCGCCGGCAUGUUUCGGCCUCCUGCACAAGAUUGUGAGCGAGUUGAGAGAGCAGUGUGCUCGCGCGCGGGACGUGCUCCGCGCGGCCCGAGACGCGCCCAUGUACGGGCUAGUGCACUGCCUCGCGAGGCUCAUAGCGGGCCUCGACGCUAGUGCCAUAGCCACCAACGCGCGGUGGUCUGCCCUGAUAGCCGACAUCAUCGCAACGUGCGAGGUGGUCAACAGCCGCGUGUCGGCCGUGGUGACGGCCGCCAGCCCCGAGGGUCUGCUGCCCGAAGACACUAGCUCUGACAGCAGCGGCGGCGCGCGGCUGGCGGACGGCCGCGCGGUGACCGCGCAAAUGCUGCUCCUGUGCGCCUGGCGGUCUGUCAAAGAGACGUCUCUUCUCCUUGGCUCCAUCGUGUCUCGCUUGUGUCUCGAGGGCGAAUCCCCCUCGUGGACGCUGAGCGCGAAACAAGUUGAAGGCAUCGGCGAACACCUGAUCAUGCUUCUGUCCACGGUGAAGCACCGCGGGGCCUUUGAACGGGCUUAUGUUGGCUUCACACUACUCCUGGGCAGAUUAUGGAAAUGCAAAAGCGCCUUGCACCAACUGCCUUUGCAGUGGUUCUCAUCUAUAGAGCGCGGAUUCGUGGUACCGGCCGACGGUUCCACCGAGUACUGCGCCACUCGGCGCGGGGCCGGUCUGCCCUUCAUGAUUCAGGCUUUAGUAACAACGGAGCUAGCAGCGGAGUCCACCUUGCCCCGUGGCAGAUUACUGCACCGCGGCUUGCAGCUUUGCCUCGCCGCGGCGCGCAACCCUCCCGGCCCUACCGAGGCGGCGCGCGCGCAUCUAGUGCUGCGGGCUUUAUACAGGCACACCACACCGCCCGCCUCACACACGGCUGAAGCCAUCAUGGUGGCGGUGAGAGGGUUCGAAGCUGACACCUGGACAGAGCGCAACUCAUCCACUCUCCUAUUCAGCGCACUGACAGUCCGCGUGUUUGGCGUAGCUCGUUCGAGCGGCCACAAGCUAUCAGCGCGUAACACUAUGACCGGCCGGAUAUUUUUCCUGCGUUACCCGCAGCUCUACGACUUCCUACUGGAUCAACUGAGAUCUGUGUCACCAGAGGCAACACUUCGUCCAUCGUUGUUCCCAACAUUGCUGCUUUUGGCGAGACUCUACCCUUCUGCGUUAGAAGGAACCGUCUCCAACUUGAAGCUGGAGCGUUUCCUGCCGCUCGUGGUGGCGCUGGCUUGCGCGCGCGACGCCGGCACCAGGCGCCUGGCCGCGCGCGCCGCCGCGCCGCUGCUGCCGCCGCACAGAUGCCUAGCUCACAUGCAAUCAUUACUCAUGACACUCGGCGAUCCAAAAAUCAAAAGAAAUCUCUGCCACGGGCUCUUGUGCCAGUUGACUGUCCUACUCGAGCUGAAACCCGAUGUGACCAUCGACGAAGACUCCAGAGCCAGGCUCCUGGCAGCUGUUCGUGGAACGUUCUGGAUCCCCGCACACUUGGCGGGCGAUGCGCCAUGCUUUUUAGUGGCUGACGAGUGGCUCAAGUUUAUCAACUUGAUCUUAUUGAGUGCAGUAAGGUUUACAAUGAUAGACUCCAGACCCAAGUUCCUAACAGCCGUUCGUGGAACGUUCUGGAUCCCCGCGCAAUUAGCGGUCGAUGCGCCAUGCUUCCUUAUCGCUGACGAGUGGCUCAAGUUUAUCAACUUGGUCCUGCUAAGAUUCCCAAAACUUCUAGACGACGAGCUCCCAUCAAUGUCAUAUCUUCUCGAAACCAUCAUAUUCAGUCCCGCCCCCGCCAUCACCAGCGGCCGAGAAGCGUUCCUCACAAACGCCACAUACCUCACACUAAUCAUCAGCCCUACACCCUUACUGACAAAACGGUGCCUCCAACAUACCGACUACGAAGUCAACUUAGCUGCACUCAACUACCUACUCAUCCUACAUGGCUACAAAGAAGAUGCCUGCCCAUUUUUAGACCACUUAACUAAAAUCUUAACUAAAGAAACUCUAAAAGAGUUACAAUCUGACGCAAAUUAUGUUAGAAUUCUGUGUGAAGUCACGAAAAACGGAUAUUUAGAGUGUAAACAGAAAGCGUUGAAAGUAUUAGCGUUAACUGAAGACACGCAACGAGAAAUAGUAAAACUAAAGCUAGGGAUCGUAGAGUUAACUGAUGAAACUGUGAUAUUGGAGUUGAUAGAUUCGAUUAGAAAUGGCCACGCGAGUUUGAGCUCUAUUUACUUGCUCAGUUUGUUGAGUUUCGUGUCAAAGCCGGUGUUAGAGGUGGUGAGGGUACUAUAUGAAUGUAGCUCGGCGGGGAAUGAGGAGAAUACUAGAGAGAUGGUGGUGGGGUAUUUGGAAAAGCAUUUGAAAACGCUAAUGGACCUCCGUUAUACGAAUGGGAACAGAGCGGAGAUGUUCGAGUGGUCCGCUUUGCUGUUUGCCACGGCGGCCAUCUUGUUGGAAGAUGAUUCGCCCGCCGUUCGGCAACGCGCCGCCAACGCUGUGCUCACAGGUCUACACAAUACAGAUGGACAACACUCAAUAUCCACGUUUGCAUCGCAACAGUGGCGGCGCGCCGCGGCGGCUAACAUCGACGGCCCAGCGUUACUGCUGGUGCUGGCUGCUCUGGACUUCUGCGCUGACGUGGACAUCGGCGACGAACUUGGGGAAGAGUGUCGAGUCUUCGACCAAAACGAAACUCACAACGUGUAUCUCGAGGAUUUUAUAUGGACCAGAGACUGCGCUCUCGAGCUAAAGCGGAUAUACAGACAAACAGACACCAACGCCACAAUAGCGGAAUACCUACAGGGUCUUCUAACAAAUCCAGAGUACAAGGAAACUAUAAAGAAACUAUGUAUAGAUAAUGUAGCUGAUAUUUUGACGGGUCAAAUGAAGACGAAUAAUCCUAAGAUUAAUUUAUUUAUAAAGAUUUUGUACGAAUAAAACAUAAGAAACGGUAA